CCUAAGCCCAUGCCAUCUCUUCCAUGGAGUAUGCACAUUCGGACCCAUGAAGCUUGAGUUUUGGGAGAAAGCGAGAAGAAUUCAGAGAGAUGAGGACAGAUGAGAGGGGCAAGGCAAGGCAAGGCAACCUCCUCCGCCAGUAUUUAUUAAGAUGAGGAGCAUGUGAUGUAUCUGUCCCUUUAAGCGAUUCCACGACUUGAAAGCGAGUUAGAGAUAAAGAAAGCAAGCAAGAAAGAAAGAAUAAUAGAAUAGAAUAGAAUAGAAUAGGAUAGAACAGAAUAGGCCCCUUGAGAACACACACACACACACACACACACUACCCAAAAGCAAAAGCAAAAGCAAAAGCAAAGCUAAAAAAACAUAAAAGCUCCUUAGCUUCUUCCACGGGAGAAAAAAAAGGCUACGGAGGAGAUGAUGACCAUGACGAUGAUGAUCCGAAGCAGCCGCUGCCGCCGCAGCCCAGACCCGGUGGAGAAUCACCUAAAUCCGCCCUUUUCCGACCAACCCAUCACCACCUCCACUUGCCCAACCUGGAAGCUGUACGAGAACCCUUUUUAUAAUAAUCCCCAUCACCAAUUACAUUCCCAUCAUCAUCGUCAUCUUCAAGAACAAGAACCCAAACAGUUUCAUCGUCUUCACCUCCCUGUCUCGGCGCGCAAGAUCGCCGCUUCGUUCUGGGAUCUGACCUUCAUCAGGCCGAUCAUGGACUCCGAGCUCGACAUGGCCAAAGCCCAGGUCAUGGAGCUGAGGGCUGAACUCGAGUACGAGCGCAAGGCUCGGAAGAAGAUGGAGUCGACGAACAAAAGGCUGGCCAGGGAGCUGUCUGAGGAGAGGAAGGGAAGAGAGGCCUUGGAGCGAGUGUGCGAAGAGCUGGCCAGGGAAGUUUCGGCGGACAAGGCGGAGAUCGGCCGAAUAAAGAAGGAGAUGGAGGAAGAGAGGAAGAUGCUGCGAAUGGCCGAGGUGUUUCGAGAAGAGAGAGUCCAGAUGAAGCUCCACGAGGCCAAGCUUCUGCUCGAAGAGAAGAUGCUGGAAUUGAACAAGAUCAGUCGGUCUAAUUCCAAGCCAGUGAUUGAGAAUUUUCAGGAAGAAAAUGCACAGCCAAGUGGCUGCGUUAGCGCCCACAACAAUGGCAAUGGCGGCGUUCGAAUUUCCAUGUCUAUUCAGCGGAGGGUGUCGCCGGAACCGGAGAAUCCACACAUCAAGCGAGGGAUCAAAGGCUUCGUAGAGUUUCCAAGGGUGGUUAGAGCCAUUGGGUCGAGAAACAGGCAUCUGGGUUCCAAGUUGGAGUGUCAAAAGGCUCAGCUCAAGUUGCUUCUCAAACAGAAGAGUCCUACCCGAUCCAGUAACCCUAUUAUAAGUUGAUAUAUAGAUAUAGCUUAGUUGUGCUUAGUUUUGGUUGCUGUCUUCUUUUCAUUGCUUCUCUGCUUCAUUGCUUCUCUGCAAAUGGAUAAGGCGCUUGCAAGAUUUUCCUUGGGGAUAUCGCAGUACUGUAUAUGUUUUCUUCACUAAUUGUUAUAUAUAUGUUUUCUAUUUUUUUUUUU